AUGCAAAUUCCAUUCUCGUCGCGUCGCGUCAGUCUUCUGCGGAUGAUUUCACAUGUCGCUCCAGAAUUGUUGGACGUUAGUGCAAACACUCGGAACCAAAGGCGGCUCCACUUCAGGGCAGCAGCGGGCUCUAGAUGCGGAGAAGACGUGGUCAGUCGGUAUGUUACUGUUCAGGACUUGAUCGAGCGCGCGAAUCUCGGUUCUCCAGGGUUCAGCGGGAACAUGGGGAAGAAAAAGGUUAACUUUAUUUUCCACGGAACUCUUUCACGUCAAGCUUCCAGACUCCCAUUUCACGUGGGUACGCCACGAUUGGAGCAAGGCAAGAACCAGAAAACUGGUGCGUAUGUAGUUUGGAUUUGCGGGGCCCGUGGGGCCAUUGACGCUACCGCGGCCAGGUCUGCACGGAGAUCUGUGGUCACGAAUUCUGCUGAAAUCACAACUCUAGGUGGUCAAGAUCUUGGGACGCAGAUCUACCUCGCCGAGGGUGUUUGUGGGAAUGAACCGGAGCCUGGCCACACGCGUCGAGCGAACCACCUGUUCCCCGAACGGUCGAUUCGUUCCGGAGCCUGA